GUCCCGAGCCGGGCCCGGAGCUGCAGGAUGGCGGCAACUGCGGCGGCGGCUUCGGCGGCGGCCUCGGCUGCCGGCACCGGGUCGGUUAGCGGCGCGCGGGGCGCCGGGGCGCGGGAGGGCGCUCGGGUGGCGGCUCUAUGCCUGCUCUGGUACGCGCUGAGCGCGGGCGGGAACGUGGUGAACAAGAUCAUCCUAAGCGGCUUCCCUUUCCCCGUGACCGUGUCACUGUGCCACAUCCUGGCGCUGUGCGCGGGGCUCCCCCCGCUGCUGCGGGCCUGGCGCAUCCCGCCCGCUCGCGGCCCGGGGCCCGGCUCCGGCCCUGGCGCGGCUGCGGGCGCCGACCCGCUGCCGCCCCGUUUCUAUCCGCGCUACGUACUCCCGCUCGCCUUCGGCAAGUACUUCGCCUCGGUAUCGGCUCAUUUCAGCAUCUGGAAGGUGCCCGUGUCCUACGCGCACACGGUGAAGGCAACCAUGCCAAUCUGGGUGGUGCUGCUGUCCCGGAUCAUCAUGAAGGAGAAGCAGAGCACCAAGGUAUAUUUAUCAUUGAUCCCCAUCAUCAGCGGUGUUUUGUUGGCCACAGUCACUGAGUUGUCCUUUGAUAUGUGGGGGCUCAUCAGUGCUCUGGCAGCGACCCUCUGCUUUUCCCUUCAGAACAUAUUCUCCAAAAAGGUGCUGAGAGAUUCAAGGAUCCAUCAUCUUCGGUUAUUGAACAUACUUGGAUGUCAUGCUGUCUUUUUCAUGAUCCCAACAUGGGUUUUGGUUGACCUUUCUUCUUUCCUAGUAGAGAAUGACCUGAAUUCGAUUUCCCAGUGGCCCUGGACUUUAAUGCUGCUAAUAAUCAGCGGAUUUUGUAACUUUGCACAGAACGUCAUUGCUUUUAGUAUUCUUAAUUUGAUCAGUCCACUGAGUUAUUCUGUUGCAAAUGCUACAAAAAGGAUCAUGGUUAUCACAGUAUCCCUCAUAAUGCUACGCAACCCAGUCACCAGCACUAAUGUUCUGGGCAUGAUGACAGCUAUCUUAGGGGUCUUCUUAUAUAAUAAGACCAAGUAUGAUGCAAAUCAAGAGGCCAAGAAGCAUCUUCUACCUGUGGUAACUGGAGACCUCGGAAGCCCUGAUCACCAUCGGAACAUACCAGAGAAAUCUCAAAAUGGAAUACUCUUCCCUCAGCAUGGGGACUAUCACUAUGGUCGAAGCAGCGUCUUCACAGAUCACUUUCAGUACAAUAGGCAAAACUAUCCCAACACAUACAGUUUAAAUCAUUAUGAUGUAUAGAAUGUAGAAGACAGGGAGAGACUGUUUAAGAGAUUAUUUUCCCCCUAAGCAGUAUCAGAAACUUCUGACACACCAGGGAAUUCACAAUCAUAGAAUGUACUUCUCCUGCAGCUGGGAAGGUGCAUGAGUGUCAGUGAUACAAGUGGUAUCUUUCGCUAAACACAUUCUUAUGCAUGGAGCACCUUCCAUAGGGAUAUGGGAGCAGGGUGUGUACCUGCAGUGCAAGACUUUUGGGUUCUGAUGAAAGAUAAACUUUCCAACUCCCUGAGAGGGAGGUCUUUGCUGGUUGUGUUGUCUUAGAGUUUGACACCGAAGGAUUGUGUUGAAAGGAAAAUUGUGGCCAGUAUUACUUUUCUGUGCUUAAUUUUCUGAACCCCUGUGUUUCUAAGUUAUCACUUUUGUUUUCUGAAUGAAGUUACUUGAGAUCCUUUUUGAAAAAUUUAAAUUUCUAGGUCUACUCUUCAAUGGUUGACAUUCAGCUAUUUGUGGUAUCAUUGGCAAGGAUUAUGCCUGACUAUCUAGAAACCAAAGUUUGCAUUGCACUACUUGAACAUGCCUGGGUCAUAACUACUACAUGGGUGGGAAAGGGUUUGUUUGUUAGGAAUUUGUGACCCCAUUUUAAUGGUUUCUAUAGAUUGUCCCAAAAAAAAAAAAAAAAAAAAAAAAGAAAAGAAAAGAAAUUUUAAUCAAAGAAGGGUCUGUGCUAGAAAAAUUUUAAUGACUAUGAAUAGUACUUUAAGUAGUCUUCAAAUAUAAGAAAAAGACAAGUAGUUUCCUGAGGCAUUGUGACAAUCCAUUUGUGAUCCUCAACAAAUGUAAAAAACAGAACUGCAAAUCAGUAGAAUGGGAUUUCCAUCCUGUUUGCAUUCUGAGCAUGCAUUAUUUGUUUUCAUUGCCUGUAAGGCCUGGUUCUUUGACCUGAUAUUGUGAAAUUGUACUGGCUCAUAUCCAUAGAAGGAAUUUUAUCUUCUCUUCCACUGCAGGAGAUAGCAGAAUAUUUUUCUCUCCUUGAUGCGGCAAGUGGUAGCAGCAAGGGGAGUAUCAUUGCAGAUAUUCCCUGAUUAACAAAAGGCACAUGAGGAAAUGUAAAUUGGUGCUUUAAAACAGCUCUUUCCCCAGGACUAGAACUCUGUCAUUCUCUGAUGUUGAAUUGAGCAAAGAUUUGGCAAAUAGAUACUGCCAAAUGAAGCUCUGUUUUUAUGAGAAGGAUUUUGCACUUUCUAUAGAUGAUUUUGUAAAUGUGUGUAUGUGCGUAUCCUGGGUCCUCUUGACUCCUUGCAUCUAAAGCUCUUUGCUUUUAAGUGUUUCAAAACUAUGAUAUUUGCCGAAUACAUUUCUGUAUACAGUAGGAAGAUUCACUUUGUAGUUUUGUAUCUGUACUGUAAUCAGGGAAAAACAGAAAGGAAUCAAGCUAUUUCCUAAUAGAAAUGGUCAAACUAUAUUGAAUAUGUUUUUAAUUACAUUAUUCAGAAUCAUGUCUCUCCUGUAGGAUAAAAGGAUGUUAGUUGAGCUUUGAUUUAAAAAAAAAAAAAAACUACUUAAAUGAAUGAAACAUAUUGACUAGGAUUAAUAAGGUUAGACUUUAGAUCCUGGGUAAUGAAAAUAAUAGUUGAGUCCCAAUUUAAAGCAAUUGACCCUUCCAUGGAUUUUGGUUCUACUGAAAAUAUAAGUAUCUUCUGUCCUGUUCUUUGCAACUUCCUAAUCAUUAUUGCAUUUUGAAAAACCUGAUAGAACAUGAUUGGCCCAUGUGGUAAGUGUAUUUCAAUCCCAUGCCACUACCCUCCUAAAGGGAGUAUUGCUUUUGGUGAGCUCUUAAUUAGCACAAAUUUUGGGAUCUUAAAUACUGGUUUUCAUGUGAAAUAGUAUUUGGAUAUGUUAAUGCAUCCUUAUUGAACUUAAUGACAUAUAGUACUGUAGAUUAGAGGUGUCAGACAUGUAAACAUACAGUCCAUAACACUCCUGAGUGCAUCUAAUCCAGAUUAAAAUGUAAUUAGAAAAUACUUAACAAAAUAAGAGUUUUUUAAACUAUUAUCAGUAUAUGUCCCACAGGGAUCCUUCUGUAUGGAUGUGGCCCCAUUUCUCUUUGAAUUUGACAUCUCUUACCCAUGUAAACUUUCCUGUUUUGUGCCAUUUUUGUCUUUGUCCUUUCAUAAAGGAUUUACCCAAUGUACUGAUGGCCUGCCUUCCUCUAGAUGUUGAAGUAUUUCAUAGAGACCAGGGCAGCAUUUGGACUUUUCAUCUUUUAAUCCUCUUUUUUGCUACAUACUGAGUUCCACUACUUUUUCUGCUCAUACAUGGGACAAAAUGAGUUCUCUUUAGAGGGAGACAUACUGGUAACUGCUCAUCGACACAAUAGGCAGACAUGAAGAAAUUUUUUUUUCUUCUGAUAAACUAAUGAAAUAAUUCAAUUUUUUGUGUAAUUUUUUGGGGAGGGCCUGAAUAUGAGCCAGUAUUGUACCUAACAUUUGAAUCUGUUUUUUAGGUUGCUACUUUUUUAUAGUAAAUAUGGUAGUGUGUGAAUAAAAACAGUCAAAAUAAAUGAUCAGCUUUGUAAGGUACCAGCACUGCUUACAAUCCCCCUACUGGGCUGGACUUUUAUGUGCUGCAGAUAGUAGAGUAUCAUUUUAUGUUUCAGCUCUUGCUUCUAAGCCCCAGUUCAAUUAGUACCUAAAAUCACAAGAUGUGACAGGAGAGAGAUCCAGAAAAGACUUAUCAGGUUUCUUCAUGACAGAGAUUAGAGCCUAAACAUAGAUUUUUUUUCUUUUUAGCAGCAUUUGAGAAAUAUUGAGACAUUUUGCUCAUUUUAGUUAAAACAGUAAAGUUUUUGACUUUUGCCAUUUUGAUUUCCUGAACACAGAACUCUAGCUCCAAAAAAAAAAUUCUGGUAAAAGGAAGUUUUUGAUAUUAUUGUAGUCUUUAUUUAAUUUUUAAAAGGCAGGGUCUUAUAUGGGUGGAACAGCUAUUAAAUACUACGUGUAAUUUAAUGAGUGGUCUCUAAUUCCCGUACCAUCAACUUGUGGCAGGUACGUACACUGGGAAUGAAAACUUUAGGGGGACAAUCCAACAAAAAUGUUCCUUAUUAUCAAAGGAAAGAAAAUGAAUCCUUAAGAUUAUAGUGUUGUUCAAAGUGUACUGUUUAUGUGGAGCACUUAGUUGUGUUGAAGUUCUCUGAUAAUUUACUUUCUUUGUAAUUUUACAUGAGGAAGAGGAAAUUCCUAUUACUGUAGUUAGUUAACCUCUCAGCUUUUCUAACCUAUUAUCAUUUUGUUAUGUAUCUUGAUACAGUCAUAAAAGAAAAUAUUUGUUUGCCCUGGAAAAUAACAAGACAUAGGACAAUUAUAAUCUUCUUAGAGACAAAACAUUAUUUAUAAAUAACUUGAAAUUUUACAGGAUUGUUUAAAUUAUGUUGAACCUGUUUUCCAGACCAAAAUGCUUCCAGAUUGUGUGUGAAAGUGAAUUUUUCCAUGUUGUAUGUGUUCACCAGUGGCAUUUACCACAAAAUAAAGAAGCCUCCGCAGGGAACAAAGAA